AUGGCCUCCUCCGGCAAGCCCCCGCUGGACGAUUCCCGUCGCACGACGGGGUCGCCGAAAAUGAAGACUCGAGAGAAUGCGAAAGAUACACUCUGCCGUAAUGUAACCAUUUACGGCCGCUGUCGAUAUGAAGAUAAAGGUUGCGCAUUCAACCACGACCCUCUGAAAGUAAACGCGGCAAAUCAAGCAGAUAACAAGAAACGGUUUAACGUCGACUCGCCGAGUUUCACACCAUCCCUCCUAUCCGGUAAUGGCACAUCCGCUCCGAAGAAAUCGACAACUAUUUCCCCGAAGGCUGCGAGCGCAGCUCCGUUCCAGCCCCGAGUCUCGGCAUCAUCUCGCUCCAACACGAGUACACCAACGGGGCGACAAGAAGCAGGAACUCCAGACUGGACGGUAGCCGAUGUGCAAGAGUUUGUUCCACAGGGUUUUGAAGGCGCUCACGUGGGACCUCUUCAAGGCAAUGGCAACGGACUCGCCAACUCGGGUGCCUUUGAUCCGUUCGUUUCGGCCUCGACGCCUCUGUCCGCAGGAGCCGUUGGCCCGGUCUCUGGUAACCCAUACUCCCACGAUCCAACUGCUGCGCUUGCAGGAGGAGCUUUCUUCGCGAACCAAGGAGGCUUCCAGCAGCCGGUCCAAUACCAUCUCUAUGCCCCCAUUGGCCCUCAUAACCAGAACACCCUGGGCUAUCAACGCAAUGUCCACGACCUUUUCCUCCCAAGUGACUUCCGAGAAGAGCUCCAGAAGAAGGCGGCAGCUACCCUUCAGACCCUCCCCAAUACAACACUACCCGCCCAGGUUGAUUACUUCCACUCUCUAGUCCCAUUGGAUCUCAGCCAUCAGAAGAAUGCCGCAACUUUCGGAUACCCAAGCUGGGUUUACAAAGCCCAGUCCAGCAAAGAUGGCAAUUUCUAUGCUCUCCGAAGACUUGAAGGUUUCCGUUUGACCAAUGAGAAGGCCAUUCGGUCCGUCCAGGCGUGGAAGCGCGUUUGCAAUGGGAGCGUGGUAACCGUUCACGAUGCGUUUACCAGCCGGAGCUUCCAGGACAGCUCCCUUAUCUUUGUCACGGACUACCACCCACUGUCCAAGACCCUUGCCGAACAACAUCUGGGCGCUGGAAAUCGUUUUCAAACCCGCCAGAACAACACACACAUCCCCGAGCAGGUACUCUGGGGCUACAUGACGCAGAUUGCGAAUGCGCUCAAGUCGAUCCAUACCAAUGGCCUUGCUGCUAGAGUGCUGGAGGCCAGCAAGGUUCUAUUGACCGGCAAGAAUCGCAUCCGCCUGAAUGCCUGCUCCAUUCUCGAUGUGGUUCAGUUUGACUCACAGCGGACCCUGGCCGACCUUCAACGACAGGAUCUAGUCAAUUUCGGGCAAAUGAUCGUCACUCUGGGCGCCAACUCGCCGAAUGUCAUGCACAACCCCACCAAGGCGAUGGAACAUUUCACUCGCGCGUACAGCCCUCAAUUGAAGAAUUCGGUCUUUUGGCUAUUGAACGGGUUGCAGAAAGAUCAGGACCGCACUAUCGACCUCUUCAUCACUGGCAUCUCCUCCCAGUUGAUGUCGACCUUUGACUCCGCCCUUCAUUUGGAUGACCAACUCACGUCGGAUCUCAGCCGCGAACUCGAGAACGGACGUCUGGUGCGCUUGAUGACCAAGUUGAACUUUAUCAAUGAGCGACCUGAAUACGAGCACGACCGACAGUGGUCCGAGACUGGCGAGCGUUAUUUCUUGAAGAUCUUCCGGGACUAUGUCUUCCACCAAGUUGAUGCCUCUGGGGAUGCCGUGGUCGACCUCGGACAUGUCAUGACUUGCCUGAACAAGCUCGAUGCCGGAUCGGAUGAGAAGAUCACCCUUGUCAGCCGCGACGAACAGAGCUGCUUCAUUGUCAGCUACAAGGAGGUCAAGAAGGCACUCGAGUCAUCGUUCCAGGCUCUCAUGAAGCCAACCAGAAGGAUGCAUUAA